AAAAGAAGGGUAAAAAUUGAAAAGUUUCUGUUCUACUUUUCAAAUGCGAAUUUCUCUCUUAUUCCUCUUCCGCAGGUAUUGAACUAUUCCGUCGUCAAGUAAACAAUACCAAUAUAUAUAUAUUUUACCAUUAGAAUUUCGCGAAACCGGAAGGUGCAUUCCUGCACUACCAGUCUUUCACUUCAAAUACCAAAAGAAUCAUUUCGUUAGAGAAUUUUAAAUAUUUUUUUCAAAUUUUUUUCAAAUUGUUUUUUUCCUAAAAAUAUGUUUUUACUAAUUCUUCGUUCAACUCACUAUCUCUAUUUUAAUCAUCAGUUUUGGAAGAUUCGGUAUCGGUUGACAAAAACAAAAAUAAUAUGAAGCAACGUCAAAAAUGUUGUUCCCAUUGUCCGGGCAAAAUAGCAGCGUCCUUCGAUCUCGAGGAUCAUUCUUGUCCAUUGCCAACGUACAUAAGUGGAAAUUUAAGAUUAUCGUCGUUGAAAAAUUAUGUGCCUGGUGAAGAGGAACGCGCUGAGAGAUUAUCGGGAAAAACAGUGAAAUCAACGGCUGAAAGAUUGGACUCGUGCAUGAAUAGAUUUGCAAUUGCAAAAAAAUUUCACGCCGAAAAUCUUCAACAUCAACCGUUACCUGAUAAAGUUGAUGACUCAAUAUUUACAAACGUCCGACCAACGAAACUAAUGGAGAAUUUGUGUUCAAAGUGUAAAGCCAUCGAGAGAUGCCAAAGAAUAAUUCCCCAGUUUAAGCGAGAUGAAGCAAAACGUUUGGGGAAAAAAUUCGGUCCCGUGUUGGGGUGCAAAAAGCCAGAGACCCAUAUGGACCUGGCGAUUUGUUGGGAAACUCCAGUGAAUCCGGAAUACGAACCCCGACGAGCGUUGCACAUUGAUGGUACAGAUGGGGGUCCAGCGCCUGCUGUUUUUACUCUAGUUCAACAUUCGCUCACGUCCUCCGAGAAAAUUGGACAACAAUGUCAAGGUUGCAAUCGGGAAUUGAAGAAAGGCGAGCGCUAUGCGGUAGAUGAAUUAUUUCCCUCGGAACCGGUGGAUCGUAGUUCGCCAAAUGAGUUGGGAAAUAAUUGCGAUUUGUGCACGAAUUUCGAUUCGAUUCACAUAUCCGGUGGCGAUGAGAAAAAUAUUUAUUCCAAAAAUACUGGAUUUCGGCCAAGAGUAAAGCAUGCGACUCAAUUGCGGCAUUGUUUGGCUUGUGAUGCACUGGGAAAACCGUCGGGGAAUACAUAUCAAUCGCGAUAUAUUCAAUCGGCAAAGCAUCAUCGAAAUUCACGGCGUAAUGGAAUGUCGAAUAAAUAUCCAGUACCAAGGCCAAGAACACCAUUUGCCCGUCGUUCUUUUUGUAUUGACACACUGGCGCCGCCAUUCAGUAUUGUUCAGGGUUGUCGGGACGCCGAUUAUCCGGAGCACUGGCGAUUGACUUCAGUUUAUCAGCAGUCUUAUCGUAAUCCGAAAAAACAACGGGGUACGAUUUUGAAUUACGAUCACUAGUAUAGUUAAAGGGAACUACCAUAAAGUAAGUGGAAUUUGAUUUGACAGACAUUUCCCCAUUUUCUUCUCCCACAAAGUAAUCUUUAGCAUUUAUUCUUUCUUCAGUGCUGAAGAAAGCAUUUAUUCUUUCUUCAGUACUGAAGAAAGCGCAUUUGGCAUUUAUUCUUUCUCCAGGACUGAAGAAAGUAUUUAGCAUUUGUUCUUUCUUCAGUACUGAAGAAAGCGCAUUUAGCAUUUAUUCUUUCUUCA